AAGAGAAGAUGAUGAUGAAUUAAACGCCCAAGAAGAUGAAGAUACUGUUUUCAGGGAAUUGCAGGAAUCUGUUGAGUCAUGCACUGACGAUCCUGUUUCCCAUUUUAAUAUCGCACUGUUCUUAUGGAAGAAAGACAAUGAAUCCAAACAAUUUAAAGAAAAGGCUGCCGAACAUUUUCUUCUUUCAGCCAAGUUGAAUCCUCAAAAUGGGUCUGCUUUCAGAUACUUGGGGCAUUUCUACAGCCGAGUAUCGUUUGACAGUCAGAGGGCUCUCAAGUGCUACCAAAGAGCAGUCUCCCUCUCUCCUGAAGAUUAUGAAUCUGGGGAAGCACUCUGCGAUUUGUUGGAUGAAGAGGGUAAAGAGAAUCUGGAGGCUGCUGUUUGUCGUGAAGCAUGUGACAGAUCACCAAGGGCAUUCUGGGCUUUCCGAAGACUAGGCUAUCUUCUGGUCCAUCAAAAGAAAUGGUCUGAAGCAGUGCAGAGUCUUCAACAUGGAAUCCGUGGUUACCCCGCUUGUGCUGAUCUGUGGGAGGCUUUGGGCCUUGCGUAUCAGCAACUGGGCAUGUUUACUGCAGCUGUUAAGUCAUAUGGACGGGUGGUCGAGUUGGAGUCAUCAAGAGUUUUUUCAUUGGUGGAAAGUGGGAAUAUAUUUGUAAUGCUCGGUUCAUUCAGAAAGGCAAUCGAACAGUUUAAAAAAGCUUUGAAUCUUUCUCCCCACAAUGUAUCUGCAAACUAUGGCCUUGCAUCUUCUCUACUUGCUUUGGUGAAAGAAUGUUUGAGUUUGGGUGCAUCCAUUUGGGGAGCUUCACUAUUGGAGGAGGCUUCUAAGGCUGCGAAUACAUGCUGCGUCUUAGCUGGAAACUUUUUUUGUGUGUGGAAGUUACUUGGAGAUACCCAGCUUGCAUAUGCUAAAUGUCUGCCAUGGAAAGUUGAUGACCGAGGCUUUGAAAUUGAUGAUGAAGCUUUCAGGACUUCUGUUCUUUCUUGGAAAACUGUCCGUUGUUCAGCUGCCUUUUCUGCCUGCCGGUCUUAUAAACGGGCAUUGCAUUUGGCUCCAUGGGAAGCAAAUAUUUACAUGGAUAUUGCGAUUGCAUCACAUUUAGCUUACUCAUUGAUGGACAAAUCUGAACAAGAUCAGAAUGCAUGGCAAUUGUCAGAGAAAAUGUCUUGUGGGAGUUUGUUACUUGAGGGUGAUAAUCACGAGUUUUGGGUGACAUUAGGUUGCAUUUCUGAUAAUACUUCAUUGAAGCAACAUGCUUUCAUACGAGGGCUGCAAUUGGAUGUAUCUUUGGCUGUUUCAUGGGCAUUCCUAGGCAAGCUUUAUGGAGACGGAGACGAGAAUGAGUUAGCCAAAAGAGCAUUUGACCAUGCUAGGAGUAUAGAUCCCUCAUUAGCAUUGCCUUGGGCAAGCAUGUCAACCCAUAUUUUUGAUAGUGAAUCCAAGCCAAUUGAUGCAUAUGAGAACUGUUUACAGGCCGUGCAGAUACUACCGCUUGCAGAUUUUCAAAUUGGCCUUGCCAAACUUGCUUUGACUUCAGGACAUCUUUCAUCCCUGAAGGUCUUUGGAGCAGUCCAUCAAGCGGUGCAGCAUGCACCCUUCUAUCCUGAAUGCCAUAAUAUAAGUGGGCUAGUUUAUGAGGCAUGGUCUGAUUUUGAUUCUGCUGCUGUCGCUUUUAGGCUAGCACGCUUUGCAAAUGAGUCUUUUGCAGGCAAUGUUUUGAAUCCUCAUCUAAGAUAUAUAUCAAGUAACUUGGCCAGAGUGCUUUGCAAGGCAGGAAAGGCUCUUGAUGCUAUACAAGAAUGUGAAGAUUUGAAAAGACGAGGCUGGCUUGAUACGGAAUGCCUCCAUAUAUAUGCUUUAUCUUUAUGGCAGUUGGGAAAGAAGGAUUUGGUUCUUUCUGUUGUAAGAGAUCUGGCAUCCAGGGCUUCCUCUGUAGGCCAGGCUUCCAAAGCUGCUUCUAUAAGUUUAGUUUGUAGAUUGUUGUACUACACAGUUGGACUAGAGUCAGCAAUAACCUACAUCGUGAAAAUGCCCAAGGAACUUUUCCAGAGUUCGAAAAUUAGUUUUGUUGUAUCUGCCAUGCAUGCAUUGAGACAGAGUAAUGAGCUAGAAUCAGUCGUCUCAGCCAGCCGGUCAUUUGUUACUGCCUAUGAAGAUAUUACAGGAAUGCACUACCUGAUAUCACUCAGUAAAUUAAUCAAGCUUGGAUAUGAUGGUUGUCUAGGAAUUCAGAGUGGAAUAAAGCAUCUGAGAAAACUAAUUCACGCGUACCCUAACUCUACUUUGCUUAGGAAUCUACUUGGUUAUCUGUUGCUACUCAGUGAAGAAUGGAAACAUAUUCCCGCCAGUGGUAGAUGCCUUGUUCUAUCAAACAAUUCUUCCCAUACAGAGAAUGAGGCUCUGAAAACAGCAUAUGAUGUCCUUGGUGCUCUCACUGUUGCCUGCUGUUGUACUGCUUCGAAGGUUGAGGAGAAAUUCUCCUUCUCAACCUGUGAAUGUCAUUCCCAACAUGGAUCAAGAACACUCAUGCAACUGCAGAAGUGGGUACGCCAAGAACCUUGGAAUAACAAUGCAAGUUAUCUGCUUAUAAUGAAUUAUAUGCAGAAGGCACGUGAAAAAAGAUAUCCAAAACACAUGUGUGAUCUGUUGGGGCGCCUCAUUGAUGCAUCUCUUUCCAAUUAUCAAGAUACGAAGUUGGAUAAAUAUUGUCUAUACAAAAGAUUCUUGCUUCUGCUCUGCGCCUCAGAGAUAAGAUUGCAAGUUGGAGACCAUGUUGGCUGCAUCAAUCAUGCAAAUACAGCUUCUAGACUUCAACUUCCUGAUAAUUACCUCUUUUUUGCGCACUUAAUCUUAUGUCGUGCCUAUGCGAUAGCAGAAGAUUUUGUUAACUUACAGAGGGAAUAUACAAAAUGCGUGGAGCUUGAGACCGAUCAUCAAGUUGGUUGGAUAUGUCUGAAAUUCAUAGAAACUAGAUAUAAUCUGAAUUGUGGUCAAGAUAUACUACAGUUGAGCUUGGAGAAAUGUCCGAAACAGAUCAAUGACACCCAGAAUAUGUGGGUUCCAAUCCAUAAUUUGGUUCGGGGUCUGAUUUCUGUUUCAAGAAACGAUUUUGUUCUUGCAGAAAACUUUCUUUCCCAGGCUUCUUCAGUAGCGGACAAGGAGAGCUGCAUUCUUCUUUGUCACGGUGCAAUCUGUUUGGAGCUUGCCAAGGAGCUUGGAGACUCCCAGUUCUUAACCAUUGCCAUUAGAAGCCUAAAGAAAGCUAAAGUAGCGUCUUCUUCUUCAGCUCAAUUACCCAUUGUCUGCUUAUUACUAGCACAAGCAGAAGGAAGCCAAGGAUCUAAAGCCAAGUGGGAGCAAAAUCUUAUGUAUGAAUGGCUUGCUUGGCCGCCAGGGAAGAGACCUGCAGAACUUCAUUUGCAAAUGUACUUGCUCUCAAUGCAUUCAGACAAUGGUUUGAGGUUUUCAUCGCAUGUGGAGGGACAAAAACACCCACAAAGCUGGAUUCUAAGCUCGAUUCAUUUGAACCCGUCUUGUUUGAGAUACUGGAAAGUGUUGCAGAAUUCUAGAUGACAAAGUUAGUUCUCUCUUAAUGUUUUGAUCGAAGAACAUUUAGGCGGCGGAUCUUUUAGACUCUCGUUGUAGAUGUAUUGACAUCGACAUUAGAAUUGAGGGACCAAAUCCAAUUAUGUUGUUUGUUCAAAGUACUUAAAAUGUGGAAUUGAAUUCUUAUGGAAUUAAUGACAAGUGUAGUUCUCUUACUUUGAA